AUGGAUCCCCCGAACCCCCGCACAGGCUUCGCACUGGCAGCAUUCAAAAACCGGAAGUGUCUUGUCACAAUCGUUUUGUUCUGGUCGUUUUUGGCGGCUUACACUUUCCUUUUUCAUGGGGCGCUCUAUACUAGGGUGACCUGGAGCAAGAUUAGUGGCACCCUGGAGCACUCAGUCGUCGGACUCCAAAUUCAGAACGAUACUGCCCCGAAUAUGAUAAGCGCAACGGAAGAGGAUGAUAUCCAGAUACAUGGAUGGGAUUAUGACGGAAAAAGCGCUGACACGGAAGAAAGAGAUGUGGCGGAUGAAGAGAUCGAACUGCUUCCUCUGGAGCCCCUACACGAGGAAUUCCUCGCGGGCCGUGCGACGGUGUUCCUCUUGAGGAUCCAGAAAGCGGCCAGCAGCACUCUUGACGUCAUGUUCUCGACUGAUGUCAGCAUGACGGAGUGCGAGCCGAACAUGCGCGCGCUCGAGGGACUGGAAGGAGAAACUUGCAAUCGGCUCUUCAAUCUGCUGCAUUAUGCAGAGUACGAUCCGGAAAACUGCCAAGGGAUGGCGGCUUGGGACGACCCAGCCUGGCAAAACAUGGAUUGCAUAUCAUGGAUCUUCUCCUAUAGCUACGUGGCGAAAUACCACAGCUUCACAGCGCCGAUACGCGCCCGCAUCCAGCGCACUUUCCAGCGCGCGCGUCUCGUCAGCGGCCACUUCUCGUACGGCCUCCACUCGAUCGGCCACCGGGGCACCUUCGCUUACGUCACCACGCUCCGGCACCCGGUGUCCCGUGUCGUCAGCUGGUGGAACUGGAACAUCCAGACGGGGAAGCUUUCGCCGGUCGUUCCGCCAGCUGGCAACGCGACGUUCGACGAAUUCGUCUGGGAUGACGAUUUCCGAUUCGGCGGUUUUCAGACAAGCAACCACAUGACACGGGUCUUAUGCAACCGUGAAACAGGUGUCCAACUGGAAGACGGCGCCUCUGCUGAGGAGCGUUUAGUCGAAGGAGACACGCCGCGCGCGCUGCUCGCCGAAGUGACGCGCGAGCACUACGAGUGCGCGCUGCGCAACCUGCGCAGCUUCGCGCUGGUGUUCGUAGCCGAAAACAUGUCGGACGUCAAGCCCUUGGCCCCCGUUGUCUCUCGCUUGUUUAACAUGAAAGAAAUAGUGGGUCCUCUCGAGGACACCGUAAUCAACCCGACCACGUUGGAUGACGCUAGCACGGGGCUGGUGGUGCGUUCGCAUAAUUUAUCAGAAGCCACGGCGGCAAGGCUUGCGGAUUUGAACAGAUGGGACGCUUUGUUGUACGAGGAGGAGGGCAAGCUACAUAAGAUCUCAGUUGCGAGGUUGAAAAAGUGGGGCAGCUCAGAGCAAGCCUAA